AUGAGGAUCAGAACUUUCUCAGAGUUGGUGAAUAAGAGCAGAGUGGCUGAAGACUAUGUGAAAAGGGCAGCCAUAGAGAAAGAAAGUCAUAGGAGACAUUUCCAACAGAACUGGGAAAGGAGAUUUGCUCCUAAGGGUCAGAUGUUCAAGCAUGGAGGCUUUGUACCACAAAAGAUUCAAGGUCAGAAUAACUCCAGAAGGCCUAACAACAACAAUUUCUCAGGGAGAAGAUCUGGAAAGCAGCCUCUGAAUGAGCAAGCUUGUGCUAGAUGUGGGAGUCAUCAUCCGGGUGCUCCGUGUAAAGCCAGUUGGGACUUGUGCUACUCUUGUGGUAAAGUGGGGAAUAAAGCCUUAAACUGUACGGAGAAGCAGAGAAAAGGCUAUGAUUUAAAUGUGCAUAAUGCCACCCAUGAAGCCAUUGUGAUUAGGUUAGGAUGUUCACAAGCCUUGUUUCGGGUUCAACAAUGUGAUUUUGUUCAUGACUUGAUUUGCUUGCCAAUGACUGGUCUAGAUCUCAUUUUGGGACUGGAUUGGUUAUCUAAGAAUCAUGUCUUGCUUGACUGUUCUGAGAAGGAUAUUAUGUUAUUAACUGCGGGUGUUUUGAGAGGUGAACAAAGCUUAGAGCAGAUUUCAAUUGUUCGUGAAUUUCCUAAAAUUUUUCUGGAUGACAUUGAUGAAUUCCCUCCUGUCCGAGAGGUUAAAUUUGCAAUUGAGUUGGUAUCAUGGGCACGGCCGAUCUCGAUUGCCCCUUACAGAAUGUCGCAUUUAGAAAUGGCCGAGCUCAAGGCUCAGUUAGAAGAUUUAAUGGAUUACAUGCAAUUGAAUAACGUCACAAUAAAGAAUAAGUACCCACUGGCGAGGAUUGAUGAUCUCAUGGAUCAGUUACAAGGAGUCGGAGUUUUCUCUAAGAUUGAUUUGCUAUCUGGUUAUCACCAGAUAAGGGGGAUAGCAGUAGAUCCUUCUAAGGUGGAAGCAGUGAUGGAGUGGGGGCGACCGACCUCAGUAACUGAGAUAAGGAAUUUUCUGGGCUUAGCUGGCUAUUAUCGGAGGUUUAUCAAAGGCUUUUCCCAAAUAGCUUUGCCAUUUACAAAGUUAACCUGCAAGGAUGCGCCAUUUGUUUGGACUUUGGAAUGCGAAGAAUUUUUUCAAGCGUUACAGCAAAAGUUGACCACUGCGCCUGUGUUAGUGUUACCUGAGCUGAAUGAACCAUUUGAGGUGUACUGUGAUGCCUCAUUAAAAGGUCUGGGGUGUGUGCUUAUGCAGCACCGUAAUGUGGUGGCGUAUGCCUCACAGCAAUUGAGACCUCACGAAGUUAAUUACCCGAUGCACGACCUGGAACUUGCUACGGUUGUGUUUACAUUGAAUGUGUGGAGGCAUUACCUUUAUGAGAGGAGGUGGAUGGAGUUGUUGAAAGACUACGACUUUGAGCUGAAUUACCAUCCAGAAAAAGCAAAUAUUGUGGUGGAGGCCUUAAGUCAGAAAUCAUUGUGUAUUGCUUGGAUGAUGCUUAGAGAAGAGGAGUUACUUAAAGCAUUCGAGAGCCUGAAGAUAGGUGUUCAAGAAGUGUCCAGUGCUUUAUGUUUGAUUCAGCUGCAAAUUUCAAGUGAUUUUAAAUCUAGGAUUGAAAAAGCUCAGCAGGAUGACAAGGAAUUGCAGAAGUCGGCUCACUUUUUACCCAUUCGGAUGAACUAUACUCUCGAGGAGCUAGCACGUUUAUACAUAAAGGAGAUUGUGAGAAAUCAUGGUGUGCCUACCACUAUAAUUUCUGAUAGAGACCCCGUUUCACUUCAAGAUGGUCAAUCUGAGAGGAAGAUCCAAACCCUAGAAGAUAUAUUAAGGGCUUGUGUUUUGGACCAGCUGGCGAGCUGGGAUCAAUAUAUGCCACUAGUGGAGUUUGCAUAUAAUAGCAGCUACCAUGCGAGCAUCCGAAUGGCUCCGUAUGAGGCUCUGUAUGGCAAAAAGUGUCAACCUCCGCUAUGCUGGUAUGAAACAGGGGAGAAAAGCUUAUUAGGGCCUGAGAUGAUGGCUGAGACUACAGAACAGGUCAAGAAAAUUCGAGAUAGGAUGCUCACUGCUCAGAGCUGUCAGAAGAGUUACGCCGAUCAGAAGCGAAAGCCCUUGAAAUUUGAGGAAGAAGAUCAUGUUUUGCUUAAGGCUACUCCAACAACAGGACUUCGAAGAUAUACUCCUGAUUUUGGCCAUGUGUUAGAAUCUGAAUCGGUUCAGUUAAGGGAAGAUUUGACACUCCAGGUGACCCCGGUCAGAAUUAACGACGUGAGUAUUAAACGGAUACGCGGAAAAGAGGUUUCAUUUGUUAAAGUGGCAUGGAGUCGAGCCGGUAUUGAAGAGCAUACUUGGAAACUUGAGUCAGAAAUACGAACAGACUACCCGUACCUAUUUUCAGGUAACUGA